CUAUGCUGAAGAUGCUCUCGUUUAAGCUGCUACUGCUAGCCGUGGCUCUGGGAUUCUUUGAAGGAGAUGCCAAGUUUGGGGAAAGGAGCGAAGGGAGCGGAGCAAGAAGGAGAAGGUGCCUGAAUGGGAAUCCCCCUAAGCGCCUGAAAAGGAGAGACAGGCGGAUGAUGUCCCAGCUGGAACUGCUGAGUGGAGGAGAGAUCCUGUGUGGUGGCUUCUACCCCCGAGUAUCCUGCUGCCUGCAGAGUGACAGCCCUGGUUUGGGGCGUCUGGAGAACAAGAUCUUUUCUUCCACCAAUAACACAGAAUGUGGCAAAUUACUUGAAGAGAUCAAAUGCGCUCCUUGCUCACCACACUCGCAGAGCCUGUUCUGUUCACCUGAGAGAGAAGUCCUGGAUGGAGACCUAGUACUUCCACUGCUCUGCAAGGACUACUGCAAAGAGUUCUUUUACACUUGCCGGGGCCAUAUUCCAGGUCUUCUUCAAACAACUGCUGAUGAGUUUUGUUUUUACUAUGCAAGAAAAGAUGGUGGAUCCUGCUUUCCAGAUUUCCCAAGAAAGCAAGUCAGAGGGCCAGCAUCUAACUACUUGGACCAGAUGGAAGAGUAUGAGACAGUGGAGGAGCUCAGCAGAAAACACAAACACAACUGCUUCUGUGUCCAGGAGGUAGUGAGUGGACUGCGGCAGCCUGUGGGUGCUGUCCACAGUGGCGAUGGCUCCCAUCGUCUCUUCAUUCUAGAGAAGGAAGGCUAUGUGAAAAUCCUAACCCCAGAAGGAGACGUUUUCAAGGAGCCUUACUUGGACAUUCACAAACUUGUUCAAAGUGGAAUAAAGGGAGGAGAUGAAAGGGGCCUGCUAAGCCUUGCAUUCCAUCCCAAUUACAAGAAAAAUGGAAAGCUGUAUGUGUCUUAUACCACCAAUCAAGAACGGUGGGCUAUCGGGCCUCACGACCACAUUCUUAGGGUUGUGGAGUACACAGUAUCCAGAAAAAAUCCCCAUCAAGUUGAUGUGAGAACAGCCAGGGUGUUUCUGGAAGUUGCUGAGCUCCAUCGAAAGCAUCUUGGAGGACAACUCCUGUUUGGUCCUGAUGGCUUUUUGUACAUCAUCCUUGGGGAUGGUAUGAUCACACUGGAUGACAUGGAGGAGAUGGAUGGGUUAAGUGAUUUCACAGGCUCUGUGCUGAGGCUAGAUGUGGACACCGACAUGUGCAAUGUGCCUUAUUCCAUACCACGGAGCAACCCCCACUUCAACAGUACCAACCAACCCCCAGAAGUAUUUGCCCAUGGACUCCAUGAUCCAGGCAGAUGUGCUGUGGAUCGACAUCCUACUGAUAGAAACAUCAAUUUAACAAUACUUUGCUCAGAUUCCAAUGGGAAAAACAGAUCAUCGGCCAGAAUCCUACAGAUAAUAAAAGGGAAAGAUUAUGAAAGUGAGCCAUCCCUUUUAGAAUUCAAACCAUUCAGUAAUGGCCCUUUGGUUGGUGGAUUCGUUUAUAGAGGUUGCCAGUCUGAAAGACUGUAUGGAAGCUAUGUUUUUGGAGAUCGCAAUGGGAAUUUCUUAACUCUGCAGCGAAGUCCAGUGACCAAGCAAUGGCAAGAAAAGCCACUCUGUCUAGGCACCAGCGGUUCCUGUCGAGGUUACUUUUCAGGUCACAUCUUGGGAUUUGGAGAAGAUGAACUAGGAGAAGUUUACAUUUUAUCAAGCAGUAAGAGUAUGACCCAGACUCACAACGGAAAACUGUAUAAGAUCAUAGACCCCAAAAGACCUUUAAUGCCUGAGGAAUGUAGAGUCACAGUUCAACCCGCACAGACCCUGACCUCGGAUUACUCCCGGCUCUGUCGGAAUGGCUACUACACCCCCACGGGCAAGUGCUGCUGCAGUCCAGGCUGGGAGGGAGACUUCUGCAGAACUGCCAAAUGUGAGCCAGCAUGUCGUCAUGGAGGAGUUUGCAUCAGACCAAACAAGUGCCUCUGUAAGAAAGGCUACCUUGGUCCACAGUGUGAGCACAUGGACAGAAGUUUACGCAGAGUGGCCAGGGCAGGUAUUCUGGAUGACAUCAUUGACAUGGCAUCUUAUUUGCUGGAUCUCACAAGUUAUAUUGUAUAGUCUCUGGGACCGUUAACUAGUCCUUCCUGGUGGGCAUUUACUUUGAUCUUGUCAUUAAAAAAAAAGAGACUAUCCUCCCGUUACACACUCCUGUGAUCUCAUUUUCUUUUAGUAAUUUAAAAACUAUUUCCAGAAAUGUGCAGAUUCCAGUGUGUAUGUUGGCCUGUUCGUUCACAUACACUCGUCCAACACGAGCAGUCACAAUCCCCAGACUCCAGGUUGUAUAACAGGUGGUUUUGUUUUGUUUUUAACAUCUACUUCCUGGUGUGGAAUACUUCACACAAAAGUUCCACUGAGAAUUAAUUACAGAAUUUUUAUGGCAUCAGAAGAUAUUCCUUUAGUUCCCGGGAAAUUUCUGCCUGUAAUUACUAAAGUCGAGCAUAGUAGGGUUUUGAAAUGUUGUGCAAUGUGGUAGAAAUAUUUUUAUAUUAAAGGUCUAUAAUAAGAGAGCAUGUUUCCAAACUCCUUGAUGGAUUUCUGACCAAGCAGCUUGAUGUGAGAUUGUACUCUGCAUUUCUGUUGUAUCUAAUUACAGAAUGUUGCACACUCACUCACCUUUUUAUUUGACAGAGCAAUCUGGUUACUUCAGCUUGAUCUCAAGAUGGUAUUCAAAUGUCUUAUGAUUAAAUCAGAGAAACCUAUUUGAAAAGAGCAAUCUUCCUGAAUGGACUGCUUCUAUUGUAUAUUUUGUGUAACAAUAGUCACUGGGUUUGUGUUACAUAUUUAUAUUUUUUAUUUUAUUUUUAUAAUAUAGACAUCACCUAGAUGAAACACCUUUACCCUAUCCUGUAAAUUACUAACGUUACAUUUUCACCAACUUAAUUGGAAAGAAGAGGAGUAAGGAAGCAAGCAGCCUUUAAUGUGCCUUGGAUCUAAUCUAGCAGUGUUUCCUUGUGUCAACAUGUAACCACCACACUGGUCAGAUGAAAAAAGCAAGUGGACAGCCAGGCCUUCCAGAACUCCAGCCUUGCAUACAUAUACAGUGCUUUCACCAUAGCAAGACUGUCACGAGUCUGUGGGAUUAGAAGGUUAAGGUGUGCACUCUGACUCCAUCCUCCAUGGAGAACAGCUUGCUCAUCCACAACCACUUCAGGCUGUGCAUAAGCUGCCUAACGUCAGAUUCUUAAAACCGUCCUUCUUGGCAACACUGACUUCCAUGCACAUGCUCCUUCAGGACUCUGUGACAAUACCCCUUGACUGUCGCCUCAAUGCAUUUCCUGCAAAUGCUCUGUUCAGAUUUUCUUAGAGAAAUGAAGUACUCUAAGUUACGAGAGUCUGACAGACACUGUUCUUAAUGGUUUUCCAUUUGCCAUCUCUCCACAUUUACAUUCUAACAAAGCAUAAGGGUUUUGUACUACUGAUCAUGAUAAGCAUUCACCCUCCUCCGUAACAUCCAUCCCUCUUGAAUCCAAAGUGUAGAAUCAUGUAAGUGCCCAGCACUGGCUGAUAUUGCACAUAUGCUCCUUAUCCGUAGGAAUAUGAGUCUGAGUUAUGGAACAAUGAUCUGUUGUUUUAAACUGAAAGAGUUGCAAUUACAUUGUGGAUUCUAAGGAAUUCUAAAGAAUCUACAACAUAGAACAAUUUGUUGGCUCCACUGCUGCUGUCUUCCAUAUAUGAUUACUUGGGUUUCCAAUGACCUCAUACCAAUGGAAAUGGGUUGAAAAAUCUUAGUGCUUAGUGAACAAUAGCCUGCAUUAAAAAGUGCAUGCAUAAUUUUGCACAAUUUAGCUUCAAUUGACAGUCUAUUCAAAGAAAUCUUGGAACUAAAUGAGCAUGGAGACCAAAUUGCCCUCUUACCCCAGAAAAGGGGUGGUCCCUUCUAGUCUCACCAACACUUCAUUGGCCCAACACUGUGACAAAUCUUGCAAUGAACCAUGCAGUACCCUGCAUCUGUAGGUUAAUAGCAACCUUUUGUCUCCAUUGCUUUCUCUUCAUAGUCCUUUUACUGAAUUCCAUCACAGAAAGUUUUACAAUUAAAAAAAAAAAAAAAAAAAAAAAAAAAAGGAAAAACUGCCCUGACAACCAUUUUUGUAAGUGGACCUUACUAUCAAAUCAUCUCUUAUUCAACAUGGGUGACACUGACAGAAUGUGAAUGUCUCCUGAAGGAGCCAGCUGUCUAAAUCUGUCAAAUCGUACAGUUUUAUUACACAUACCCCCAUUCAUAGUUUGAGCAAAAACAAGAAGGAUACCCCUAGAAAGCCAACAGAGUCUUAAAGCCCAAGUGCUUCAUUUUACACUUAAAGGGAAGAUGUUCCAUUGGUGGACGUUCUACUCAAACAAUGUAGACUAAGCUGGCCAGACCAGAGCUGCUUUAAUAGCCCUUUCUCAAGUGACGUAUUCCUUGAAGUUGAUUUUUAUGUCUGGGGAUUAUCAUAAAUGACUUGUGAGAGAUGUAUUGGAAUUGGUUAAAAAGUAUGAGCUAAGAAAAGUCUAUCCACCUAACAAAGCACACAAUUUAAACUAGAAAAAUGUCAUUUAUGUGAGUGCUGAUAUAUCUGACAAAGAAGAACUAAACAGUUACUAUUAUUCCCUACCUAUACUAGAGCUUAAGCUUUGGGUAUCAGCUCAGUGUGAAAUAGCAUUCUUACCAGUAUUGUUGCCAAACUUGCCCUGACUCAAAGCACAUAAAGCAAUAAUAUGAAAACUAAAUUAGAAUAUCAUUAAAGUGAAAAGGAGAGACAUUGAAGAAAGUUCAGCGAAGACAAAAAUGUUUCUAUCCAUAUCUUUUCAUCUUAGAAUCUUAAGAUAUUGGAAAAUAUUUCACAAGCUUUACUCAGAUGUUUCUACAAUUUAACUGAUCAAGUUUCAUGAAGGGUGGGCAAAAACAUCUAUGCAUGUCUACAAAACCCAGCUAGAAAACUAUUUUCUUGUCAUUUACAUGCCUCUGAGUAGUCAUGGCCUCCCUAUUGACUAUCCUUGGAAUUGCUACAGAAUGACAUACUGUUAGUACUUUUACUUCUGUCAUUAUUUUAAUAACUGAAUGGGAGGUCGGCCCCUGCAGCAGAGGUUUUUCCAAGAACAUUGUAAUCUAUUAGGAGUUUCUCCACUUUCUCUUGGCAUGUGAAAAAAGCCCAGUUUAAGUUGGUAAGGGAAGGUGCAUCAGUUUAGUUUCUGAGCAUCUGUCUAGAAUGUUACCUAAGAUUUCCCCCACGCUCUCCUUCACCCCUCUCUGCUCCUCCUCCUAUAUCUCUCUUUGAAUUUCUUCUUCCUCCACUCUCCUGCAUUUUGUGUUGGUUUCCACUAAACAGAUACAUCACAUGUGCCCAUCAUUAGGUUUCCCUGGGACAGAUACCUAUACAUUUUGUUGGGUUUAUUUUCCUUUGUUUUCACUCCUGGAGUCAUGCUGGCUUAAAUUCAGUAUCAUUAAGAUGAGUAGAGAAAGAACAUACCAGGCUAGUCUACUACAGUCAUUGAAAGAAAUGACGAAAAGCACACACAUCCACCAGUGUAGGUGCUCUAUGCCAGUCUUAUAGCAAAGUCACAGGAAAGAUGAAGGGAGUCACCCUAGUAGACAGCUUGAGCUGACAGGAGGGACACUCCUAGCUAGUU